UUGGCCUGACCUUCGUCCAACAAGACAAUACAUAUAUAAACCUCUCCCAAGUUUUGUCUCCUUUGACAUUCCGAAAACCAUUUACUACGUCGGAAAAUUUGUGGAUCCGAAGGAGUAGAGAUGGAGAAGACGGUCGAAAUCCCUCAAGGGCUAACGGAAGAGGAAUAUUCCCAGCUCGAACCGGUGAUCCGAUCAUACCACACCUUCGACCCGAGACCCAACACCUGCACCUCCCUGAUAACGCAGCACAUCGACGCGCCGGCGAGCGUGGUGUGGCCGUUCGUCCGCCGCUUCGACAACCCCGAGAAGUACAAGCACUUCAUCAAGAGCUGCCGGAUGGUCUCCGGCGACGGCGGCGUGGGCAGCGUCCGGGAGGUCACUGUGGUCUCCGGCAUCCCGGCGUCCACCAGCACCGAGCGCCUCGAGAUCCUCGACGACGACAACCGAAUCAUAAGCUUCCGAGUGGUCGGCGGCGAGCACCGGCUGAGCAACUACCAGAGCGUCACUUCAGUCAACGAGCUCGAGAAGAAGAAUGGGAGCGUUUACACGGUGGUUUUGGAGUCGUAUAUCGUUGAUAUACCGGAAGGGAAUACGGUGGUGGACACAAAGAUGUUCACAGAUACCGUCGUGAAGCUGAACCUGCAGAAGCUUUGCAUGGCGGCAAUGGCCGCUUUGCAUGGCCACGAAUAAACGCCGCGGCGGCGGCGGUGGUGCUACGGUGGUGCUGAAUUGUUGAGUUGCUUUAUAUGUUGGCGGCGAGACACCGGGCAACAGAUAUAUUUAUUAAAAAUGUAAGUUAUAUUUAUUUAAAAUUUGUCAUAACUAUUUAAUGUAUAAUAAAUUAGCUGAAAAUAAAAUAAAAUGAAAAAAAAAAAAAAAAAAAACUAGAGCUAUGAAUAUUGAUAAACAUUUGUGAAGGACGGGAAGAUAUAUUAUUUUGCCAAUAA